AACAGUUGCAAAUGGGAGGAGGGAGGCUAGAGCUCGCUUUGCAUAUUUAGCCUUGCCUUGGAAUGAAUCGAAAGGGAAGUUGUUGGACCAUUGUUCGUAGGGCUGCUUCUUUCACGGACGUUUACAGAAGCUGCAGUUUACAGGGGCUUUUCUUCCUGUUGUUUGCUUAUGGAAAAUAAGUGGGAGUGACAAAAAGGGAAAAAAGAGGGAAACAGAGGGAGGCACUGACCACAGUGCAGAACCAGUAACCUUGCCUUGUGUAUGAUCAUUAACCUUGCUGAAAAAGGCAGCUGGGAGCUCAUUUCGAAAGCUUGCCAUUAGAAUGUGAGCUGAGCCACAGAUACUGCAGACACAUUUCCGGGAGGGUGUCUGCAAAUUGGCUGCAAGUGUUACAAAUACUAUCGGAUCCGGUCUGCCAAAAUGAGAUUCCAGCAGCUCCUUUUGACCUGGUUUUUGCUCCUGGCUGGGGUGCUCCUGAUCGACGGACAGAGGCCAGCUAAUGUGGCCUCCAGGCGAAAACUCCACAGACAUCACUGCUCCCACAGGAGAUGCAUGCCCCUUCAUUCCAGAGUGCCCUUCCCCUGAGCUUCCACCAACUGACUGGCGAAAGGAAUGGAGAUGUGCAAAUGACAAAAUUCGAUAGCGGCACUGUUGUAAUCUAUAUAGGUGUCCCAUAAACCAUCAUCUGGAAACAUUCAAAAAAAUCUUACCAGAGGCCCGCUGAAACAAGCUUCACCGGAGUUUUGGGUUUCUCUAAGCAGGAAUAAAAGCAAUGAAGAACUUAGGGACCCUCUUCUGGACUUUGGAGAAUCAUCAGUGCAAUAUGAUCACCAUUCUUCUCUACACAUCAACACCGGUAACCAGAAAGCAAACUUCACAAUAUUAGAAGAGUUGUGUGUCAUUGAAAAAAAACAACCCAAACUAUUGGUAUAUUAAUAGUGUUUAUUCACGUGUCUGUAUAUCUUUUAACACCCAGCUAACAAUAUGCAAGAAAGAAGCCGUUGUUUCAUAAACAUCAUGAUUCGUUGGAAUAUUUAUAAAAAUGCAUAUUGGAUGUUUGAAGCUAGUGUUAUUCUAUCACCUUUCCCAGUCUUUCAAGACUAGUAUAUCUGUUGACAUUACUAGGUGAAUACUUCAAGUGGAAAAUUCCUUAAAUAAUGAUCAGCCUUAACUGGAAAGUCUUACAAGCAUGACUGAAUCUUCCACUCACACCAGUGGAAAAUAUGCCAAAGCUAUGCUGGAUGCUAGCUUAGUAGAACCGGGGUCUUAUCAAACAGAUCAACCUAGUCUUCCUUAAAAGUAUUACUGGUUGUAUUUGUACUAAUUUUAACCUGUUUACAACUUACUUUGGGAUUCAAUUAUUUCCUUAAAGCAUGUUUGUAACUGUAUAUGUUGUAAAAUGGUACUUCAAAUAGCAUUCUCAUAUUAAUCUUUGUACAAUUUUGUUAAAAAUUUUGUAUUCUGUACAUGGAAAUUGCCCAUAUCCAAAGACAAGUGAAAUAUUUGCCUAAUUUGUAAAUUUCAUAAGGGAUCAAUGUAAACUUUAAUAAUUGAUGUAGCUAAAUAAAAUAUAGCUUAAAUCAUGC